ACGCCCGCUCGAUGAUCCAUUCUGACGACAUUCGGUAGUGCACGUGUUGUUUCGAUUGGCUUGAAUUGUCAAUCAUUGACCCGUCAUCGGGUAGCGACCAGUCGCUCAGUGCUUCGGCGGUUGGCGGAGGAGCCCCACCGGCACAGACUGGUCCAGAGUCUCCUCACGCGUCCAUCGGACUAGUUGCGGGAGCCGAACGAACAGCGACCGGUAGCCAACAUUCGAUUGUCCAGCCGAGCGAUCCACUGACGGAAUCAGCCAUGAUCAUGGAAGGAUUAGAAAUGUCGUUCGCCGAGGCCAACGUCCACUUCCAUCACCUGCUCAACUUUGACACGUUCAAAGCCGAAAUGCCCGACGAUUCGGCCAACGUGGCCGCCAUGGAGCGGCGGACGGAGACCAACAACGUCAACGACAGCCUCAACACGCCCGGCAUUUCCAAUUUUAUGGAUUUGCCCAUUUUUUUCGGACCGUCCGUCGUCCUGCCGACGCUUCCUUCCGUUUUCAGCGGAACGGUACUGGAUUCUGAUUUAUGUCUGGACGAACCAACGGCGGCUGAACUGCAACAAGUUGAAAUCGGAUCGAAUUGCGGAAGCAGAAGUAGCAGCAGUUCGACGAACGCAAGUUCCAGCAACUCCAGUUCGAGCAGUAGCAGCAGUUCGAGCAGCAGCAGCUCGUCGAGUUCGACGUGCAGCAGCAAUCCGGCGAGCGUGGCUGGCAGUCCGGCCGGAAUUAUUCCAGUCGACGAGGAUCUGGACGUGGCCAUCGACAGUCCAGUCAGGCCGGAAGGCGGCAACGACAGCCACAGUCCUCGAAGGAGGGCGGAAGAGGCGAUCGACGACGACGACGAGACGUCGAUCGAGAUGUACCCGACGGACGGCAUCCAUCCGCACGCUCAGGUGUCUGCCCAGCAAAGCAGGCUGAUGAGCUAUCGCGGUGUGUUCAGCUCGACGGCCAACAGCAGCCCGGCCGCGUCGGGAGGAAGUCACGGACAUUCAGCUGGACACCUUUUGUCCCUGCCCGGCCCAAUGCCCAGCACGCCAGACAUCCUCUCCCCCAAUACGGGACUGGCUUCCAUCAACUGGAUCUUGAACACUGCGGCGGCCGCGGGAUCCGGACCAGACUCGAAACCUUCCCUCCUGAACCCGCUCUUCUUCUUCGGCAACGGCCCUCAUCAGCCGGAACAGCAGACGGCCGACAAAUCGUCCAGUGCGCACCAACAUCACCAUCAGCAGCAGCAGCACCAUCACCACCAUCACUUUGACACGUCGCAGCACGGCGGCCAGGAGAUGACGCAGCUGGUCCAGCAAAUCAACUACGACAGUCAGUCGAUUGAAAUGAGCAAACAUUCGAACUCGUUCCAGCAGACGGCGGGAGACGAGUCGUACGCGUCGGCACCUUCCAAUCCAUCGCCGCAACAUCAGCCUCCGCCCAAGUACCAAUGGUCCGGCUUUUCACCUCCGCCGCCGUCCGUCGCCAACGACUACGGCGCUUCGGCCGCCGCCCAGCCGCUCAUCCCCAAACAGGAGCCGUUGACGACGCUCAGCGGCGGAGGAGCUUAUCCGGGCGGCAGCAGCGACGCUGGCGGCAAUUAUUCCGGCAGUUCGGCGUCCAGCACGGCCGGAUCUGCCGGCCAGGUCCGCUUGGCCGAUUACACGCCAUCGACGAGUAAAGGGCACGAGAUCCUGUCGCAAGUCUAUCAGCAACAGGGCGCGAGCGGAGCGGGCAGCGGACCGAUCCGGCUCGUUCCGGUCAAAGCCCGCCGCUACCCGGUGCGCCCGAGCAAGACGCCCGUUCACGAGCGUCCGUACGCCUGUCCGGUGGACUCUUGCGACCGGCGGUUUUCUCGAUCGGACGAGUUGACGCGUCACAUCCGGAUCCACACUGGACAGAAACCGUUCCAGUGCCGGAUCUGUAUGCGCGGCUUCUCGCGCUCCGACCACUUGACGACGCACAUCCGGACGCACACGGGCGAGAAGCCGUUCGCCUGCGACCAGUGCGGACGCAAGUUUGCCCGCUCCGACGAGAAGAAACGGCACGCCAAAGUUCAUUUGAAGCAGCGGGUCAAACGCGAGUCGUCGCACCGGCUCAGCAACGCCGCCACGUCGGCCCAUUCGUCCUCGUCCAAUUCAACGACGACGAUGGGCCAAUUGGGUGGGGCCAGGAGCGCAGCGCAAACUCCAUCGACCAGCCGGAGCGCUGUAUCCUCCCCGUCGGAUGUGAUCUCAGUGCCAUCGUCCCUAGCUCAUAAUCUUAUGUAACGACACACACAUUUUCAUCGUUCGCCCCCCCC